AUGGGUCGUUCGCAAUCCAUGAUCGAGAAGGCCAAUAACUGGUUAAGGUGUUCUGGGAUUAGUUCAACCGUCAAAAGCUGUACCUUUUGGUUCCUCUCGCCAUUUAAAAAACUAGAAACGUCAGAGCAGCCAUCACUAUCCAUCUUAGACUCUACGGUCAUCCAAAAUCAGCCUCAAUCAUCAAUUGACGGUGUGUCAUCGACCAAAGAUGCCAAUCAAACCGUGCCUAAACUGCCAGAAGAGAUGCUUGACAUCUUAAUCUCCAUCGUCAAUACACCUUCUGAGAUUCCCGAAGCAGCCUCACCGCAGCGUGUGACGGUUAGUACCACCACGGAGGCGCUUCGGACACGCCAGUACCAGAUUUUGCAUAAUAUUCGGGACCAAGAACUGGGAAAAACAGUGCUUGGUUUUGUGAUGCCAAUGACCACUGGCCUCCUAUCUGUCUACACUAAGGAUACCUUGAUGCUACCAAUAUACUUAAUUUUACUGUCACUGUGCAUAGGUACGGCGGCCUUGUGGAAUGCUAUGUUACUCCGCCAUACCUUCCCGGGCUUCCCUAAAAUUGCAAGCAUUAUUGAACAACUUGGAACUGCUUGUAUUUUGUUUGCAUUUUUCGGGGUGGUUGGGUCUUUUUUUCCACCAACGAUUGUUGGGGCAGUCUGGUUAUGUUACGCUCUCACCCUAUUACCGCUGCUCUUGAGUCAUCUUCCUACAAGAGAAAACUCCUCUGAAUUGAUAGGCCCUUAA